AUGUCAAUAGAUAUUGCAGGUAUUGCAGUUCAUGCAAGUAUUGCAGUUCUUGCAGGUCUUGCAGGUUUUGCUAUCGGUAAAUAUGUUAAUUAGGCAAAUAAUAAUUAAAGGAAAACUGUUUAAAAUCAAUCCACAAAAACCUUAAAAUAUCUUCUUAUUGGUACUACAGGAGUUGGAAAAACUAAAAUAUUUCAAAAAUUUCAUAAUUUUCUUAACUAAAAUAAUAAACAAGAUUAAGUUAUUCAAGAUUUUUAAGAAUGCCCAUUAAGGUAGGAUAUCGAUUUAGUUGAUACACCAUCAAUAGAUUUUGAAAGUUCUGUAGAUAAAAGAGAAUCAAUAAUUUAAAAAUUUGUCCAAUAUAUGGUUCCAAAUUAUAUUAAUCAUUUUUUCCUAGUUGUUAAUUAUGAAAGAACAGAUUUAAUGAAAAAAAAAAUAUUAGAUGUGCUUAAGUAUUUCAAAAAAUUCAAAGAAUCGAUAACAAUCAUAGUUUCUAAUUUUCAAUUAAGUGAGAACUAAGAAAAAGAUAAAGUUCAUUUGAAAGAAUCGUUAAAAUAUUUACUAAAUUCUAAAUAAUCUAUUUUAUUUGUUUAGAAUGAUUUUGAUGAACAGGAACUUAAAUAAUAAUUAUUGAUAGAAGCAGGUGCAUUCAGUUUAGAUGAUACAAUUUUUGAGCCUUAAAAUGAAGCUGAAUUUUAAGAAUUGUAUCAAAAAUUUGGUGAAAUGUUUAAUAAAAGAGAUGAAAAAAAUUAAUCUUAAAUCAAGCAAUAAUAAAAUGAAAAUUGCUAAUAAUAAAACAAAAAAAUUGAAUUAACAAACAAAGUUUCUGAUCAGAAUUAAUAAAAUAAUGAAGAUGUAUAUAAUUCAAGCAAAUUGGAUGAAAUCGAUCUAGAGUAAUUUUAAAAUAGUCAUUCAACUUCAAGUCAAGAAUGA